AUAAAUAUAUCAUCUUCGAUUCAAACUUUUACCCUAUGGAUAGAGCGUAUCACAACGAUUUUCGAGGGUAAAAAAGACAACAGAAUAAAACCAGCUUCAACCAAUUAAAAAAAUUUUAAAUUCAAAUUGGCAAUGAAACGUAUACCAAGAUAUAAUAUAAUUUCCAGUUAAUUCGCGUUUUAUAAUUUAAGUAGCUGCUAAAAUCUAUAAAACACAAAAUCUUCAGUUCCAGUAUUGAACUAGCUUUCAUUAUGAAAGGUUCUGUUCUUAGUUGGCGGUUGCUCGUCGCUGCUAUAUCACUGACUCUAAUAAGCAGAAGUGAAUGUAAUAGUUACCGCCUCAGUAAAAGUGUAUUGCCAUCUUUCUACAAUUUAACCAUUAAUGUCAAGGAGAAAGAAUAUGGAAGACUUGAUUAUGAAUUUGACGGCGAAGUCGCGAUAACUUUACAAACUAAUCAAAGUGAUAUUUACGAAAUAACACUUCACAAGGACUACCUUUACAUGUCAAGCUGUUUACUUUAUAAUAAGGAUGGUGCCCUGCUGCAAAAUGUUACAAAAGAUUCACUAAAAUCUAAUUGGAGGACAUCACAGUUAACAGUGCCUCUGAUAGAGCCAUUGACUCCCAAUGAGAACUAUACUCUAUAUUUCAAAUACUCUGGUUAUUUUGGCAAUCAUGGCACAGGUCUGUUUUCAUCAUUUUACGGAACCAACGAAGAUCACACAGUUUACUUAAUACAACUGAAAGGUCAGUAUGCGCGAUCUGUGUUUCCUUGUUUCGAUGAACCUACAUUUAAGGCAAAGUUUCAACUUCAUCUUCGUCGACCAAGUAAAUAUAAUGCUGUCAGUAACACCAGAUUGAUAAGAACAACAAAGGAAGGAAAUGACAGUUAUGUGGAUCAUUUUGAUAUCACGCCUAUUAUGUCUACAUAUCUUUUGGCCUUUGUAAUAUCCGAGUACCAAGCUCGAGGCAAUCUCAGUGAAUUUGCUAUUUUAUCUGCGCCUGAGAAUUAUAAUUACACAGAGUUCAGUUACAAUGUUGGUGAACGCGUGAUAGCUGCUUACAACGAAUUGUUCCAGAUGCCUUAUAAACAACUAGGAAAUGAAGUCCUGCUCUUUGCAACUAAGCCUUGGACCCUCAACAAUAACAACAUGGAGAAUUGGGGCCUUAUAAUUUUUAAAGAAGACAUGCUGAUUCAUAAGCCUGGUUACACUGACAGUCUCAGCCACAAAGAGCUCACUAUUCGAAUGAUUGCACAUGAAAUAGCUCAUAUGUGGUUUGGCAAUAGUGUUACCUUAUCCUGGUGGAGUCAUUUCUGGUUAAAUGAAGGCUUUGCUCGAUUUUACGAGAUCUUUAUGACCGAUCAGAUCUACAACAAUAAAUAUCACAUGGAAGAACAGUUUGUUGUAGAUAAUCUUCAGAGAAUUCUUGAAAAGGAUGCAGUGGCUACUUCAUUGCCCUUAACUAGUCCCGAGAUAGCCAUACAAUCUUCUUAUGAAAUCGACAACGAGACCAACUUCUUCCCAUAUGACAAGGGUGCUAGCAUCAUUCGAAUGUGGCGAAGUUUAAUGGGAAGCGACAACUUUAACAAAUCUAUCAACAGUUACCUAAAGCAAUAUCAUUUAAAAAACACAAAUCCCAGCGAUUUGUUCGCUCAUCUCAAGCAAAACUGGCCAGCUCAGCCUGAAGUUGAUUUGGAUACGUUCUUUUCAGACUUCACGGAGCAGGUGGGCUACCCAAUGGUCAUUGUGAACAUCACCCAGGAUAACCAAAAAAUAAUCUUACACCAAAAACGUUUUCUAUAUGAUUAUGAAGACGGUAGUGAUACCACUUUACGUUAUACCAUUCCAAUUACCUUCACAACAAAUCUGGAUCAAAGCUAUUAUAAUCUGACACCUUACACGUACUUCAAAAAGAAUGAGACUACAGUUGAAAUUUCUUUUGAAAAUCCCAUUGAAUGGAUUAUCUUAAACCAAAAGCAAUCCAACUACUAUCGAGUUUUCUACGAUAAACCAAUUCUCACCCAAAUUAAACAAUUAUUCUCCACAUCUAGAAGCCGACGUAUCCCAGCUACGACUAAGGCACAAAUCAUUGAUGAUCUCUUUAACUUUGCAUACGCUGGAAUGAUCGAUUAUGCAGAUGUCUUCGAAUACUUAGAAUAUUUGAGAUACGAAUUCGAUUAUGUUCCCUGGAGCGCAGCUUACCACGGUAUGGAGAGAGUAGUUCAGCGAUUAACCCCACAACAGCUGCCUUAUUUUGAGAAAUACCUAUCAAAUAUUACAACUGGGAUUUUCAAUGAACUAUCAGCAAAAUCAAGCAGCUCUGAUAGCGUGAAGGAAAACUAUAAUCGAGUCUUGCACGUGUCAUGGCUGUGCAAAUACCAGAAUACCAAUUGUAAUAAGCAAGUGAAACUUCUUUUUCUGGGAAAUCUUGAAAAGCCAUCCCCAGACUAUCGAGAGAUAUUUUAUUGUGCAGUUUCACGAACGGAUGCUCAUGCCCGCCUAUGGGAUUUAUAUCAUAAUGAGACCGAUUUUGAUACGAAGAAUCUUCUUUCGCGGGCUAUAAGCUGUUCAAGGGACUAUGCAACAUAUUUCAAACUCGAAUUAUUCCAUUUAUUACGUUAUUCCGAACAGUUCUUCGGCUUGAUAACUAUGUAUCAACAAAAUCCUGAUUUAAUGGAUCCCAUAUUUUCUAUGAUAACAGAGAACAUUGGAGAACUUCUUAGCAGAUGGGACCAGUAUGAUGUGUUCCUAAUCCUGAGAGAUAUGGUUAAUUAUUUUACAACAAGAGAGCAAGAAAAACAGUUCACAAUCUUUAUAGACAACAACAUUCAUAGAUUUGAUAAUAGGACAAAUACCGACAUACAGUUAUUACCGACAACAAUACGAAAGAAUUUGGAAUGGGCAGAGCAGAGAUUGAACAAGCUAGUGAACUAUCUAGCAAAGAGGAAUGAGGCAGUUGUAUAACCUCAAUAAUA